AUGGACGUCCAUAAGCGAAGCCACCAUCCUACUAGGUCGGAGGACGUGAGCAACGAGAAGGAAAUCUUAGACGAGUCUACCACUUUUCAGCGAACCCGUCCGGCGUUUCAAGAGGAAAAUGAUGGAAUUCUUCCCACAAGCAUGCCAGGUGCGCCAGAAAGAAAAAGCAAUCAUUCGCUUCCAAAGAAAGAUCUCAAGGCUUUCAUCAUCCUUGUGAUAUUGUACACCCUUCAGGGCGUGCCCGUCGGAUUGGCAUUUGGCUCUGUUCCAUUCAUUUUGAAAUCCAAGCUCUCCUACGCCCAAGUGGGAGUCUUCUCCUUAGCAUCAUAUCCAUAUUCAUUAAAACUUCUAUGGUCUCCGAUUGUCGACGCCAUUUACAGUCGGAAAGUCGGUCGACGGAAAUCCUGGAUUAUUCCCGUGCAGCUUGUAUCGGGUGUCACCCUUCUUUAUUUGGGUUUUAUUAUAGACAAGUCGAUGGCCAAUCCGGCCCCAAACUUGAUAAAGAUCACAACAUGCUUCUUUUUGUUGGUGCUCUUCUGCGCCACUCAAGAUAUUGCUGUCGAUGGAUGGGCUCUCACUGUGUUAUCGCCAGAGAGUCUUUCCUUCGCGUCAACAGCCCAAACAGUGGGAAUGAACUGCGGCUAUUUCCUGAGCUUCACAGUUUUUCUUGCCUUGAGCUCACCGGAGUUCGCUAACAAAUACUUGAGACUGGAACCUCAAGAAGAUGGGUUAUUCGGACUUGGAGGCUACCUCACGUUUUGGGGCUGGAUGUACAUCUUGAUCACAGCUCUUCUUGUUUUUGUUCCAGAGGAUCCUCCCCAUUUAGCCAAGCACAAUCACGAGAAGCUCAACGCUGAACACUAUAAACAUGAAUCAGCACACAAUAGACCACUCGACAAGACAAAGCAGUACAUGCAAGAUUUGUUGCAUGUUUACAAUUCCAUGUAUCAAGUCUUGAGACUUCCCAACGUGCAAACGUUUGUUGUCAUUUUACUUUUUGCAAAACUUGGAUUCCAAGUUAAUGAAGCCGCUACCAACCUCAAACUCCUCGAGAAGGGCCUUUCCAAGGAAGAUCUCUCAAUUACGGUACUUAUCGACUUCCCUUUUGAAAUGAUCUUUGGCUAUUACUCUGGAAGGUGGUCCUCUGGAAAGAGUCCUUUACGUCCAUGGCUAUUUGGCUUUGCUGGUCGACUCUUUGCGGCUUUAUGCGCUCAUAUCAUCCUUCUUUUCUUCCCCAACUUACAUGGAGAAGCUGUUCCAUUCAGAUUGAUCAUCCUUUACUUGAUUGAUAGGCUCACAGUCGCUAGAUGCGAGAAUGUGGCUCGGCCCUAUGACUUAUUGUCCGAGGAGCAAAAGAGAGAAUGCACGCAAGCAGGUGGAUCUGUCGUUCUAAUCAGAGAUGGCUAUUUUUACACAAGCGCAAUCUGCAUUACUUUAGGAGUUAUCAUAUGGUUCUGGGUCAAGAGAAAGGCAAGAUACUUGCAGUCACUUCCCCAAAGUGCUUGGAGAGUGAACAAAAACAUGAUUGAGGUAAACGCCAACGAUAGGUUGGGAAAGAAGAUCAAAGUCAAAUGUCUUCCUGAAGACACUAUUGGUGACUUGAAAAAGAUACUUUCGAUGCAAUUGGGUACCACGCACGAGAAAAUUGUCUUGAAAAAGGGACAUCAGAUCUACAAAGAUCACAUCUCUUUGGACGACUACGAGAUCAACAACGGUUUCAACUUUGAGCUCUACUACGGUUAG